ACCACGUGACUGUCGGUAAGCGAGAGGAGUUGCGCUGUUCUCGGAUCAGUUUAUAAACGUGGCUUCCAUGUCGCAUGGCCGCUUUUGUGGCUGUUUGCUUUCCUCCGGUCUGUCUCAGCCGCAGAGAAGUUUUCUGGAAUUUAGGCGUAAAAUCUCACUGAAAUGUUUUGGUUCCAGCAAGGUCUGUGCUUUUUACCAACCUUUCUGGUGAUCUGGGCCUCCUUUACCUUCGUAGUUCCCUAUUUCAUCGCGAUUUUUAGACGCGAUGUCGAUAUAUUAUUUCCAUACAUAAGUUCUACAGGUACGACCCCCCCAGAGAGCUGCAUUUUUGGCUUGAUGACAUUCAUUUCUGCAUGCGCAGGAAUAGCCACCAUAUAUGCAAGAUACAAGUUUGUGGAGAAACUGAGUCAUGAACCCGGGGUCUCGGACCUACGCCUGAAUAAAGCUGCUCUCGGGCUCGGGUUGUUAUCUUGUUUGGGCAUGUGCAUUGUUGCUACCUUUCAGGAAACAGCAGUGACAGAAGUCCAUGAUUUCGGAGCUCUGCUGUUCUUCAUCCCUGGUGUUUUAUACACAAUCUUGCAGAGCAUCAUAUCGUAUCGUUCCUGUCCAUACGGCUCAUCCAUGACUCUGUUUUACGUACGUUUGUUUAUCGCCAUCAUCGCCAUUUUGUCAUGUGUCCCAACCGUCAUCAUCACUGCUUUUUAUGUGGACCAGGCCAAACUCCAUAGAAACCCAGAUGAGAAGGACUAUCGCAACAGCAUAGCCGGUGCUGUGUUUGAGUGGAUUGCCGCCUACAGCUUUGUCUGCUUCUUCCUCACGUACAUUGAUGAUUUUAAACUCUUCACUUUGCGAGUAAAAGCCGAGUAUAAAGACAACUCGUGAUCGACCUGCAAUCAGCGGCAACAUCUUGAACACAUGCCAGGACUCUCAGGUUUUAAAAAGUGCCGUAUUUGCUUUUGUACUGAAAUUAUUUUUAUAUAUCUGCCAAGCUUUUUGUUAAUUUGUAUUAUCAGACGGUUAUCCAAAGAGGCACUUGUUAUUUAUACUAAGCACAUUUAGCUGUUUAUCAUAGCGGUUACAUUGUGGUUAAAAAACGGAACCUGACAGCUUCUAUUUUUCCAGGUUUUAUACAAUCGUGCAUUUUAUCUUCAUGUAUCGCUGCUUAUUGCCACACCAGCAUGUCACUUCCUAUCAAAUGUGCUGCCAAUAAGGGAAGUUUAUCACACAGUGAACACAUGAUUGCUGUGCAUGUGGCUGAAAACUACUCCGACUCAGCCCAAGUUUCACUUUGACUGUUCUGACGUGUUUUUUUUCAUGAGGAACAGGAAGCCGUCCGGUGACGCAAUAGCUGCUCAUUUCAUUAAAACCAGAAAUCUAUGUGAAUUAUAUUCAAUGGUAUCAUCCAGUGUACCUGAAAUGUAUUAACUAUACAACUUUAUUUUGCCAAACUAAUACCCGUAGAUGUGUUUGCCACCUGUUGCAUAGUUAGUGGGCGGGGUGGACUAUUCUCAAGUAGGAACCGUUGCAGUUGAAUUUACAUGUAGUUUGUAGCUGCCACCUGAUGAAGAUGGUGGCCGCCUUCACACAAGUUCACAAGUUAAGCAAGCAACCGUGGAGAGAAACACAAUGCCCACUGUGUGGACAAAUACAGGAUGAAAUAUACAACAGAACAGGGAAGUAAAACCAGAAUUAUCAAAAUGAUAGAACGCAUGGCUAGGGAUAACACUUUUCAUCUGUACUGCAAGUUUUAAUAUUGUUGGGACAUUCUUCUGGCGUCCAUAUCAAAACUAUGACAUUAUGUCACCAAGUGCUUCAAGACAAAAGUUAUAAAGAAAAAAGUAAGUAAAAGUUGCAUUAUUUAUGUUAAGGCUACAAUUAGCACAGGGUCUGUAUGUACACUAGUAUGUACUACAUAGCACGCAAAACAAACCCUAAAAUAUGUUGAAGUAGAGAUCUUGGUAAAAUUCUAUUGUAACAGCAUUAAUGGUAAAUGUCCACCAUAUGGAGCUAUUGUUCCAUUUCAAGAACCUUGAGUACAGGCUGCUGUGGGACACGACAACUAUGAACCUGUUGCUUACAGUAGCAGAUGUUCUUGCAUUCUGGGACCAAUAUUGAUGCUAUGUUUUUUCUAUCAAAGUCUGUUAAUGUUGUGUAUUUGCCAUUACUGGGUAUGGACUGAUAUUUUUUUUUUAAGUUAGAGUCAGCUUUUUAUUUUGAUAAUGCGCCAGUCGUAAGCAAUAAAAGGUACAAUAAAGCUAUGCAAAUGUUUGAUAUUUCCAAAAUUCCAAUAAGAAAAUGCAACAUGUAUCCCAGAUUUCCAAACGCUGGUGCUCAUUUGGAUACAUUUAAAGUUCAGAAAAGAUUUACACUUUAUUAAUUACGUAUGACCAACACAGUAUUAACACUUUGUAUUGGGUUAGAACAUGCCAAGAUAUUGUUUGAUUGAUUAAGUACAGUUUGUAUUAAACACCUCUGAAUUAUAGGAAUUGGGCUGUUUAUAGAUUAUAUUAAUUUACUCAAAUUAAGAUAAUUUAAUAUUGAUGACAGUUUUGGGCAAACUAAACAAAAUAUAUCUUUGUGCAUGGUGUCAGUUAUGUAGCCUUUAUUUCUGCAGAUUUGAAGGUCACAUUACUGGAAACGUUGGCAAAAAAAAUAAAAAAAUAAAAAUAAACUAAAUGAAAGUAAAUACUGUGAAAUCCUGCUGUGCUGGUCACAGCAAUUUUU